AUGGCUUCCAUACAGCUCUCGGCUCUUUACCGGAUUAUUCCAACAUGUCAGCACAAACUACUUCCGGAGACGAUUGCCCUUCAACGAGUGCAUGGUAUCCAAUCUUCGAAGUUCCCGAGCCCUACUCCUUUGCACCAACAAGUCUUUGACAAUCAAGCUUCAACCAGCUCACAGAUGACUGAAAAAGAAUUCACUCUGAAACAUAUAUUCACUGAUGUUGAGAAAUUCCAGCAAAAUCACUAUCUCUGUAGUCCACGAGAAGACCAUUUUGGUAUCGGAUGGAAAAUAAAUAUUGAAAAAAGAAACGAACACCUCGGAAUUUUCUUACACACAAAUGUGACGGGAAAUCAAGAAAUUCACAUUAAUUUUAUCCUGAGAAUAUUCUCGAAAAACCGGGAAAAAAAUCAUUCAAAUUCUGGGAGUGAUUUAUUCAAAAAUAAUGGGUACGACUGGGAUAAUUGGGGUAAGGACAAAUUCAUUGAAUGGAGAACUUUGGAAGAUGAAUAUCUGGAUGAUGGAAAAUUGGAAGUGGAAGUUCAUGUGAAAAUAAAUAAAAUGGUUGGCUUUCCGAGAGAAGAAUUAAGAAGCUUUGGGGAGGACAUGAAACAAUUCUCCGAUGUUACAUUGAAAGUAAAAGAGCGGAAAUUCUAUAUUUCGAAGUUGUACCUCUCCUCUCAUUCUCCAUAUUUUGCAACUUUAUUUUUGGGAAGAUUUCAAGAAUCUGAAAAAUCAGAAAUCGAAUUAAAAGAUGUCAAUCCUCAAGACUUCCAAUACUAUCUUGAAGUUCUACACUUAGAAAAUGGAAUUGAUGAUGAUACUGUCCAAGGAAUUUUAUCAGUGGCUUAUUUGUUCGACACUCCUAAAAUUGUCAAAAAAUGUGAAGAAUUUUUGGUCAAGGAAUCAAAAAAGGGAUUGAAAGAAAAGUUGGAAAUGGCUGGAAGUUACAGGUUGGAAGAACUGAAAAUGACUGAAAGAGAAUUCACUCUGAAACAUAUAUUCACUGAUGUUGAGAAAAUCGAGCAAUAUCAAAGUCUCUUUAGUCCAGAAAAAGAAAAUUUUGGAGUCAAAUGGAAAAUAAGAAUUCAAAAAUGGAACGAACACCUCGUAAUGUAUUUAUACACAAAUGUGACAGGAAAUCAAGAAAUUCACACUAAUUGUAUCCUGAGAAUAUUCUCGAAAAACCGGGAAAAAAAUCAUUCAAAGUCUUCGAGCAAUCCACGCAAUCAUUUUCAUGGUGGGCUCCAUGGUUGGCUCCAUUGGGGUUGGGAGAAAUUCAUUGAAUGGAGAACUUUGGAAGAUGAAUAUCUGGAUGGUGGAAAAUUGGAAGUGGAAGUUCAUGUGAAAAUAAAUAAAAUGGUUGGCUUUCCGGAAGAAACGAAUGAAUUUCCCAGAAAAGAUUUAAGAAGUUUCGGAGAGGAUAUGAAACAAUUCUCCGAUGUUACAUUGAAAGUAAAAGAGCGGAAAUUCUAUAUUUCGAAGUUGUACCUCUCCUCUCAUUCUCCAUAUUUUGCAACUUUAUUUUUGGGAAGAUUUCAAGAAUCUGAAAAAUCAGAAAUCGAAUUAAAAGAUGUCAAUCCUCAAGACUUCCAAUACUAUCUUGAAGUUCUACAUCUAGAAAAUGCAAUUGACGAUGAUACUGUCCAAGGAAUUUUAUCAGUGGCUGAUAUGUUCGACACUCCUAAAAUUGUCAAAAAAUGUGAAGAAUUUUUGGUCAAGGAAUCAAAAAAGGGAUUGAAAAGAAAGCUGGAGUUGGCUGGAAAUUAUAGAAUGGAGGGACUGAAAAUUUUCAAUUUUGGUCUUUUGGAAUCCUAUGUGAACUUCUACAAUGCAACUCUCACUUGUCCGGAUUUUUUUAAAUGUCUUGGUUAUUUCGGUCCACGCCAUGCUAACCAUGUGCCUCCAGGCAUGUCAAUUCCACAUUGUGGGACAUCCAACGUAGAGUGUGAUCCGCUGCCUAUGCAACGAUGUUUGUGCAAACGAGACGGAUGCCUUAUACGGUCGAUAUAA